AGCGGAGGGGUUCAGUCGUAAAAUCAGUCGCAAGAUCAUCCACUGCAGGAAAAAAAUCGAGUUCAUCAAAUCAUUAGUCUCUGUAUACGAUUCUGAUCGACAAUCGAUUCGAUUCCCCUUAUUCACUAGCUUUUCUGUGUCGAAAAAAAUACUUUGGGUGUAAAAUGGAUGAGAAGAGAGAGAACAACGGCGGGAAGAAGAUAAUGUCACCAUGUGAUGUAGAGGCACUGAAGAAAUGCUUAGAGGAAACCAAAGGGGACUAUUUUAAAUGCCAAUCGCACAUUGAAGCCUUCAAAUCCUCCUGCUCUCUCAAGAAGCCCCCAAGUUCGUCUUCCCAAACCGUGAUCAAGACUGGUGUGGUCUCCGAUCUUUAGGAUUCAGGCCUGCUAAUAGAGAUGUACACAGGGUUCCAUUGGCUUGCUCUUCACAAGAAUCUCCUCCUUGGAUUCCAUCUCCUCUUCGAGAUCUGUUGGAUGUUCUGUUUGUUGAUUCUUCUUCUCUGUAGUCUAGCCUACAAGGGAAUUUUCUUCUAUUCAGAUUUCAAAAGUACAAAGUUGUUGUCCUUUCCCCCUUGUUUAAUGGCUUCUGUCGUGCCAACUCUACUCCUUGAGGUCAAAAUCCCAACCUUGUUAACCUCACAUGGCAUAAGGGUCUUUUGUUUACUUUUGUUGUACUUUAGUUGCAUCUAGUUUACUGUGCUAUAAACAUUAGUUAUAUACUGAGUCAACCUGUUUACGGAAUAACAUGUGCUUCCAGUAAAGCAUGUGAAAAGAAAAGAAAAGAUAAUAGCUUCAGCUUAUUUAAUCCAACAUGCUGUAGAGCCUACACUGCACCCAUUUAACACUCAAGAUAUUAUUGUUAUUGUUUGAUUAAGUUAUACUCCUAUAAGGAAGGGUCCUAGAAGAAUCUAAGCUCAAGAGCCUAUUCAAUGCACAAUAGAAUAGGCAAAGUACAGAUGACCAGCACAACUCCAUCAUUCCUGCGUUUUGCUUGCAGAUUAAUGGAGUAUAAUCAAAAGCUUCCUUUUCCUUCAAAUAAGAAACCAACAAAAAAUAAGAGAGCUCUUUCCAGUUAUAACUAACCUUAUUUGGCGAAGUUUUGCAUCACUGUCUUCGUAACAUGGUUGUAGUUCAUGACUAUAACAACUUGCCCUGACUUAACUAUGAUUUUACUGCUGAGACCAGACCUUGUAUUGGUUUUUUUUUUCCCCUGAUCUGGAGCUUGUAUUGUUUAAAUGGCCAUCUGUAUAAUGCAGAAAUGUUUGUCUCCUGAUGUAUAUACACAACUAUAUGCAUCUUUAUGUGUAGAUUCCUUUGAUAGAACUAUAUAUUCUACACAUAUUCAUCACCCCAAACCAGCUGAUUAAACUGUCCUCGAUAUAUUUCUGAACAAUAAUGCCUGGAACUCAGACCUCUCUGGAGCUCCCAUUGUUCGACAUCUCCCAGCCCAUAAGUGCAACCUCUCUUUCUUCCCUUUCUCUAGGCUGCAAAGAAUGGGGUUUCUUUCGCAUCAUCAACCAUGGAGUUUCCAAAGAUCUUUACAGCAAACUCUAUACUGUUUCAAACCAUAUUUUCAGCCUUCCUUCCGAGCUGAAACUCAAACUAGGGCCCUCAUCAACCUUGAAAACCUACACUCCUCACUUCAUUGCCUCACCUUUCUUUGAGAGCCUUCUGGUGUCUGGACCUGACUUUUCUGCCUCAGCACAGAGUUCUUCAGAAGUCCUCAACCAGUCAAGUUCAGAAUUCAGUGAGAUUCUGAGAGAGUAUGGAAACCGAAUGACGAACCUAUCGAAAAGCAUAAUCCAGAUAGUGCUCAUGUGUUUAGGGGAAGAUUUUGAGAGGAAAUUUGAAUGCGAAUUCACCAACUGCCAUGGCUAUUUAAGAAUAAACAACUACUUGCCGCUUGAGUGCAUGAAUCACAAAGAACUUGAAGGUCUUGGCAUGCACACUGAUAUGAGCUGCGUAACCAUCGUUUACCAGGACCAGAUUGGUGGGCUCCAAGUAAGAUCAAAGGAAGGGAAUUGGCUCGAUAUAAAUCCAUGUGAUGAUACUCUGGUGGUGAAUAUUGGAGAUUUAAUGCAAGCCUGGAGCAAUGGAAAGUUGAGAUCGUCCGAGCACCGAGUUGUUCUGAAGCAACCAGUGAAUAGAUUUUCCCUAGCUUUCUUUUGGUGCUUCGAAGAUGAGAAGCUCAUUCUUGCACCGGAAGAGGUGGUUGGGGAAAGGAACUUGAGGGUCUACAAGCCAUUUGUCUGCACUGAUUAUAUGAAGUUUAGAGAGAACAGUGAGAGAGGGAAGUUUGAGAAAGUUGGGUUCACUGUGAAAGAUUUUGCAGGGACUGGAGGAUGAAGAAAGUUGGGUUCAAUCUCUCUUCAAAAUUAUGCAUUCUUUGAUCUUUUCUGUGUGUUUUGGAGCAUUUAAUUUUGAUGAGAGAUUGAAUAAGCUAAGAAAGUUUGGAUUUUCUAAGGUGGGAUUUGUGAGUUUUACUCUUGAGUGCUUGUUUUUAGUAUGUGGUAGUUUGGGCCUAGGUUCCCAGGUACACCCACAUCCAUGAUGAUGUGAGUUUUUUUGUUUUUUUUUUUCCCCUGAGAGUGUCGUGAGAAUCUUGAAACACGUGAAUCGCGAGUGACAAUCGUAAAAAUGAGAGUUCACUAGAGCAGGAUUAGACUAGAGGAUCUCUCAUGUUUUAGUUUCUAGGGGGCAGUGUUGUUAUUUUUAAAUCCACAAUUGCUAGCUGAUUUAUGUGUCGGAUCUGGUGCUCAUUUGUUUAUUUCUUCUGCAUCUGAAUGUUAAAACUCGUCCGAGAUGGACCUUUCGGUAAUAUGAAUGCCUUGUAAAUGCUGCAUGGAUUUA